GUUUAAUUUUCUAUUAGCAUCAAGUUGAACACCUCACCGUUUUUUAACCCUAUAAAACCGCACUCCACUGGACCUUAAUUCUUCACCACUCUCACAUAUACUUGUAAGUUCUAUUAGUUCAACUAGUGUGCUAACUGCAAGUACAAAAACUGAAAAAAGAAAAAGAAAAACACUUCUAGGGUUUGAUCAGAAAUGGCUUCCAAAACAACUGCCUCCCUUAGUCUCUUCCUUGCACUCAAUCUCCUCUUCUUUGCUCUUGUAAGUUCUUGUGGCACGUGCCCCGGUCCUAACCCGAGACCGAGGCCAAACCCAAGGCCAAGCCCAAGGCCAAGCCCCACCCCUUCCACACCUUCCACACCCUCCACACCUUCCACAGGCACCAGAUGCCCUAGAGAUGCCCUCAAAUUAGGGGUUUGUGCUAAUGUUCUCAAUGGGUUGCUUAACAUCACCAUUGGUAAACCUCCUGUAGCGCCUUGCUGCAGUCUCAUCCAAGGCCUUGCUGAUGUUGAAGCUGCUGUGUGCCUCUGCACUGCGAUCAAAGCCAACAUUUUGGGCAUCAACCUCAACAUUCCAAUUUCUCUGAGCUUGCUUCUUAAUGUUUGCGGCAAUAAGGUUCCUAAAGAUUUCCAAUGUGCCUAAAACGACAAUUGCCAUUUGUUCGAUCAUCUUUGUGCUUUAUCUUUCUCUUUGUUAUAUCUUCUGGCGUGAAAUUGUUUGUAUUGUGUGAGUGUAAGUGGGAAUUUCUCGUUUCCUUUGUUAUGGCGGUUUCCACAUGGGGUGAUUAUUAUGAAUAAGUUUAAGUUAAUGAUGUUUCUAUUUAUGUAAUCUUUUGGAAACUAAUAUAAUUUAAUUUGCUUAA